AACGGCAGCGCCGCGCACCCCGCCUGCCCCAACGCCAGCGCCGCCGGCCCCGGCCCCGGCCCCGGCCCCGCGCUGCAGCAGGAGGUGGAGACCCUGGUCUCCCACUGGAACCUCUACCUCAACCUGGGAGGCUUCUUCGUGGGCCUUUUCUCCGUCACCCUCUUCGGGCCAUGGAGCGACCGCGUGGGCCGGCGCCCGGCGCUCGUGCUGCCCGCGCUGGGCAUGGCGCUGCAGGCGGCCUUCUACCUCCUCGUCAUGUACCAGCAGCUGCACGUGGCCUACUUCCUGCUGGGCCGCAUCCUGAGCGGCCUCCUGGGCGAUUACAACCUGAUCCUGGCCGUCUGCUUCGCCUACGUGGCGGACAUCAGCGACAGGCGCUCGCGCACCUUCCGCGUGGCCGUGCUGGAGGCCUGCCUGGGUGUGGCGGGCAUGCUGGCCAGCGUGGCCGGCGGGCAGUGGCUCCGGGCACAGGGCUACAUCAACCCCUUCUGGAUGGGGCUGGCCGUCAGCCUCGCCGCCGCGCUCUAUGCUGCCCUGUGCCUGCCGGAGUCGGUGAGGCUGCGGCAGCCUGCCAAGCUGUUCACCCUCCGCCACUACCUGUCCGUGUACCAGCUGUAUGCAGCCCCGGGGCGCCACAAAGCCCGACUGCAGCUUGUCCUCUACUCCCUGGCCUUCUUCCUCAUCGUCACCAUCCACUUCGGGACCCGGGGCAUCUUUGUGCUGUAUGAGCUCGGCUCCCCGCUGUGCUGGGGCCCCGAUCUCAUCGGCUACGGCUCGGCAGCCAGUUACCUGGCCUAUCUGAGCAGCCUGGGCGGGCUGCGGGCGCUGCAGCUGUGCCUGGGAGACACCUGGGUAGCAGAGCUGGGCUUGCUGUCCAACAUCCUGGGACUGGUGGUGAUUUCCCUGGCCACGACGACGGCGCUGAUGUUCACAGGUUACGGGAUGCUGUUCCUUUCGAUGGCAGCCACACCAGUGAUCCGGGCAAAGCUGUCCAAGCUGGUGGAUGAGAAUGAGCAAGGUGCUCUCUUUGCCUCUGUUGCCUGCGUGGAAGGACUCUGCUCCCUCGUGGCCACCGGCGUGUUCAACUCGCUGUACCCUGCCAACCUGCCCUUCAUGAGAGGAUUCCCCUUUCUCUUUGGGGCCAUCAUUCUCCUCAUCCCAGCUGCCGUUAUCGGGUGGAUAGAAAUCUGGGCCUCGGAGCCCGAAUACGGUCACUUCACGGAUGCUGCCUCGUCCCCGACGGAAAGUGAGGCAGUGACACCCCGCACGGAAAUAGUGGAUGCUGCCGAAUGAGCCAGUCGGCAGCAGCUCUGGACUCUGUUAGGAAGACUUCACAGGCUGCAACUCACGGGUGUCCUUGGAGAUGGGCAGUGCCACGCAGCUCGAAGGAGUAAGAACUGAGGUCUGCGGGUGGGGAUGCCUCCGUGCUGUCCUGUUCCCCCAGUCUGUCGGGGAAGAUGCCGGGGGUUUUAAACAUGGAGGAGGGAUAGGGACUAGCACCACUUGUUCACAGGGGCCACAGGAGGAGUCAUUACCUGGCCAUUCUUGGGGGGAAAUGAGGCGGGGGAGCUCAGGCUGAAGCUACAGACCAGAGCCCAGCAGUGCAUCUGUGCUGGGUAGCAGAUGAUCGAUCCCUUCGCGUGAGUGCGACCCACACCACUGUCACUCCUCACACAAGGCAAAACUGGCUCUGAAGAGGACAGCUGUGGAGAGCAGCGGGUGGGCUGCAGAGGGAGGCAGCUGCCCGCACCUGACUAGCAGAAGCCGUCUGGGUGGGCCUUUGCAGGGAAGUGUUCGCCUUCCCCACUGGGAGGAGAGUCCCAUGGGAGUGCUCUCAGCUGCCAAACUGGUGUUAGCCUCAGGGGAGCAUGUCCCUGGGAGAAAAGGAUCCCUUGUGUGAAGUGCCAGGGCAAGCAGCCCCGGGUCCUGCUCCCUUGCAGCCCAGGGAUUCAGAGCUGUUAAUAAAAUCUUGUUGACUCCUUGUCACAUCCAUCACUUGCACAGUAAUAAAUUAGCAGGGCUGAUUAAAGACAAACCAACCCUUAUGCAAGGCCCCAGGCACAUGCUGUACUGUCUGCUAAGCAGUUUACCUGUGAGGACAAGGGUUCUCCAGGGGGGAAAUAACCCCUGGUUCUGUUUUAUAGCCAAUAAAGGGUGGCCUUGGCA